AGGUUCGUGUUUUCUCUUUUUUUAAAAAAAAAUAAAUCAAUUUAUACAAUGCCUGCACGUAAAACCAACAAAGAAUUACCUAGAAAGGAAGAAUCCAACGAUCUCAAGGGCUUAAAUAAAACAAAUCGUUCAUCUUCAAAAGAUAAACUAACCAUUUCAGUGACAGAAAACUCAUCACCAGAACAAAUACUUCGUUCCUCAUGGCUCUUUCUUUCUACAUUUCAAUUCUUUUUUCUCUUUCAAGACUAUUUCGAGCUUUCUUCAUUGAACAUUGAACAGUUAGAAAAUGCAAUGAUGCAGCAGGAAUCAAACGAAUUCUUGAAACAAUUCAUGUGUCAUGUACUAACACCACUCUUGAGUUCGAAUCAGCGUCGAGCAAUCAAUCCCGACAACUACGAGCAAUACUUAUUUACUCUGUUCCCUGAAUUUGGUCCCAAGUUUCAAAAACUUCAUGUCGUCGAUAGAAUUCAACUAUUGAAGAGAAUCGAAGAGGCACACUUGGAAAACAAUAGUGAGGACUUUUUGGCUUGGAAAAAUUCAAUGGAUGUGAAUGAGUUGAGAGUUGCACCACUAGGAAAAGAUGACGCUGGAUGGAAUUAUUGGUAUUUUGGGGAUACGCGACUUUAUAGAGAGAUACCUGUUUCGAAUGGGAAAAAAGGCUUAAAAGAAAUAACAAACAAUCAGUUUACGUUUGAACUUGUCUGCUCAAAUCUAGAAGACUGGGAGCGCAUUGUAGAGUCAUUUAGAACUGCUAAAAGGAAAGCACGAGAAUUAUCAGAAAAGAUUAUUGAACUGGGAGAAGAGAUGAUUGCCAGGAUAAAAUCACGAGAGGCAGCUAAACUGAAGCAAGAGGCAAGAUUAAAAAGAGCAAAGGAAUUAGAACAGAUACCCAAGAAGAGAAGUAGAAGAUUAGAAGCCAAAUAUGAGGAAGAAGCAAAGCGUCAAAAGGUGGAAGAAAUAGCCAGUCAGCAAGCUAUAUUAGAAGAAAUUGAACGACAAAAAAGAGUAAGGGAAGCCAAACAGCAAAGAGAAGAGGAGCAACGACAGUAUAGGACAGAGGAUGCACGAUUAAAGAUGGACGUGUCUAAUUAUAUCAAACAAAAGAUGAAUGAAGCAGAAGAAGAUGAUGAGAGAUUAGAAUAUAAACAACUAAAGAAUCAAUUACACAAAGACGCGAGUAGACAAGAGAAGUUAAAAAAGAUGAGAGGAUGGCUAAAGUUGCUAAAGGAAGAUGAAGAGAUUUCAAUAAGCUUGAAGGUAGAUAAAGAGAAGCAGAUCACAUUUGAAGGCGAUAAUAAAGAUCAAGCUGAUGAAUCAUUCACAGAAGUUUAUAAAAAGCUACUACUCAAUAAGUACAGAUCGCUCAAAGACUUUUGCGCUGACAUGAACGAACUGGAGGAUCAUGAUACGUCUUUCCUUGUGUCUGCUUGGAAAGAUAAAUAA